AGGAGAUGAGGAUGGAUCGUGGGGAGGAAAGGCAGAGGGCUUCUUACGCGUGGGAGAGCUGCCCGACGCCGUUACCCUCCAGCAACCGGAGUAAAUGGGUGAGGCUGAACGUCGGAGGGACCGUUUUCUUAACUACCAGGCAAACCUUGUGCCGCGAGCAGAAAUCGUUCCUUUGCCGCCUGUGCCAAGGGGAGGAGCUGCAGUCGGAUCGGGAUGAGACAGGUGCCUACCUCAUCGAUCGGGACCCCACUUACUUUGGACCCAUCCUGAACUUCCUCCGACACGGAAAGCUGGUCCUAGAUAAAGAUAUGGCUGAAGAAGGGGUUCUGGAAGAAGCUGAAUUCUACAACAUCGGAUCUCUGAUCAGACUAAUAAAGGACAGGCUGGAGGAAAAGGACUACACAGUAACACAGGUGCCUCCAAAGCACGUGUACCGAGUUCUUCAGUGUCAAGAGGAGGAGCUCACCCAAAUGGUUUCCACUAUGUCUGAUGGAUGGCGCUUUGAACAGCUGGUGAAUAUUGGGUCAUCCUAUAAUUACGGCAAUGAGGACCAGUCAGAGUUCCUGUGUGUAGUCUCCAAGGAACUGUGCAGCUCGCCCAACGGCCUGGGUUGCGAGCCGAGUCGAAAAGCCAAGGAGGAUCCAGAGCGGACAGAGGAGGAGCAGCACAAAGAGGAGGAGGAAGAGCAGGAACAGGAGGAGGAGACAGAAGCUGAGGCUGAGGCAAACGCAGCGGAGGAGAAAGGUGCAGCAAAUCCCUGAGGAAAAUCAUGACCAAGACAAACUCAAGCUGAAAGCCAUCUGCUCCCUUUGGGUGAGAGCCGGUGGCAGGGAAGCAUUCCAGGAGGGGGGCUCUGGGAAAGGCCUCUGUGGGGAGCAAGCGAUGCGCUGGGGCCAAAGGCUCAGGGAGAGACUGGGGGGGAUGGCUUCCUUUGGGCAGCUGUUGCUUUUUGGUGCAAACGGGCUUUUAUGUUUCAGUGUGUCACAAGGUCAUCUAACCAGGGUUCUGCUGAUGGUCUCCUGAUCUCCUCCGGCUCUUUUUGGAGUUCCUUUUACCUGGCUUGCACUCUCUCUGCUCAGCAC